AUUGAGAACUGUCAGAUCCAUACGUUUCAUAACCUACCAUAUUGUUAAUUUUAGUUUUCUCGAAAUAUGCCUCUUUGUGCUGUACCAGGAUGCGCUAACCCCGGUGUACAUUUAUUUCCCAAAGAUCCAACAUUAAAAAAAAAGUGGGAAAAGGCUAUAAGACGCAAAAAUUUUGUAGCGACACAGCAUAGCAGGUUAUGUCGGAAUCAUUUCCAAGAAUCUGAUUAUGUAGGAGAAUCAGCCUACACAGGACAUCCUCAAAUAUGCAAGUUUCUGAAAAAGGGAACUGUACCAAGUAUAUUCCCUUGGUCCACCCAGGUGUCAACAACACCUACAUCAAGAACCAGUCGUUAUAUGAAAAGAAGCAGACGCAUACUUGAUUUUAUACAACCAUCUGUAGAAGAAAGUGUUCCAGAACCGUCUUCUAGCGCUGAAAUUGAAAUAUCUACUAUAGAGGGCUCCUUAGAAGAUUUUACACCAAAAACAGUGUCUGUUAGCACUCAAUGUGGUAGUUCUUUUGGAAUCUUAUCACUAGAGGCCAUGAGAGGCAAUCCACAGGCUAUUCAUUUUUAUACUGGGCUAGAAAAAUAUGAAAAAUUUAUGUUGGUGUUAGACACAUUAAGUCCCAUGUGUAAUAAUUUAAAUUACAGGGGAAGUAAAGUUAUCAAUGUUUGUAUCGGUGACCAACUGUUGAUAACACUAAUUAAGCUUAGAAGGUACAUGCCAGAUUUUGAGUUGGCAUUUUUAUUUGGUAUUUCCCAAACUACUGUUGCUAAUAUUUUUGUAACAUGGAUUAAUUUUAUGUAUAAAAUAUGGUCUUUAAUUAAUAUUUGGCCAAGUAAAGAAUUGGUUCAAUAUUAUAUGCCAGAGUCGUUUAAAGGGGUUUUCCAAAUAUUAGGAUUAUUGUGGACACAACUGAAAUACCCAUCACACGGCCUGGGAAUCCAGUAGCACAGCAGGUGACCUUCAGCAGUUACAAACAUAAAAACACUGUGAAGGCUAUGAUUGGAGCAACACCUGGAGGUCUUAUAUCAUAUGUCUCUGAAUGUUAUGGAGGUUCAGUCAGUGAUAGACAGAUUAUAGAAAGAUCCAAACUAAUAAAUAUGUGUGACUAAUAGAGAUGAUCAGUCAGAAGAAAAGAAACUCAGUAGAAAACGCCGUAGAAACGAGAGUGGGUGGUAAGAAAAAGCUACACCAACAAACGUACAAAAAAGUAUAUCCAGCAAAAACCAUGGGACCUGUAUGUUCUUGUAAAAAAAUGCAAGAAAAGUUCUCUGAACAGCAGAGGAAAACUAUAUUUUAAUUUUUUUAUAAAAUGGGUGAUCACGAACUACAAUGGCAAUUUAUUAAUAGAUACACAAUAGCAAAACCAAUAAAGAAAAUGACUAUAGACAGAAAACAAAACAGGACCCAAACUAUCAAUUAUAGCUUUCCAUUAGACGAGUCAGAAAUUACUGUUUACAAGGUUUAUUUAUUAAAUACUUUAAAAAUAUCAGAACAGUUUGUUUAUACAGCAUUGGAAAAAACAAAAAAUAAUGAAGGUAUGAUUGAUCAGAGACAGAGUCACGCAAACAGGCCUCAAAAGAUGAUUAACUUGACGAAACAAAGCAUAAUUGACCCCGUUAGUUUCUUUCCAGCAGUAUAGUUUAACUACGUCAGAAAAUGCUCAAAACGGCAAUAUUUGUCAGAGCAACUUAAAAUUUCAAAAAUGUACCGAUUAUAUGAACUGUGGUUUCCAAACCAAAAUUUGCCAGAAGAUUGGAAAGCUACAAUGCAACGGUAUGGGUCUGUGUUCAAUACAGAAUUCAAUUACUCUUCCUUUCGGCCAAAAAAGGAUAAGUGCCCAACAUGUACCCUUUAUGACCUAGCAGACGAAGAAAAAAACUAUCACUAGAGGACGCAUACAGAAAGCAUAUAAACAAAAAGGAGACUGUUCGUAACAUAAAAAACGAAGAAAAAUUGAGCACAGAUGAAAAAACACUACUAUUGCGGCGUUUGAUCUGAAAAAAGUUUUGAGUGUGCCAUAGUCCGAAGUGGGCACUUUUUAUUAUAAAGGAAAAUAUGCAGUUUAUAACUUUACUGUUUGAUUUAAUGCGCAAAGCCAGACAUUGUUUUGUGUGGCAUAUGUCUAUUGGAAAGAGAACCUCUCUUUUACCGAAAUUGGUAGUUGUUUAUUAAAAUUCAUCCAGGAAGAACAACUAAGAGGAAUCGAAAAUUUUUCAUUUUAUUCUGAUGGUUGCGCCGGCCGAAAUAAAAAUCGCUUUAUAUUCGCCCUAUACCUGUAUAUCGUACAAGUUUAUGGAGUGAAAACUAUAACGCACCGAUUUUUUGAGACAAGGCAUAGUCAAAAUGAAGGUGAUAAUAUGCAUUCAUGCAUAGAGAGGGCUAUGAAAAAUAAAAUACUGUAUACUCCAGAGCAAGUUUAUGGUGUAAUUUCAAACGCGAAAAUCUCGCAUCCAAAAUAUAAGAUCAAUGAAAUGGAGCAGGUGGAUUUCUACGAUAUAAAAGAUCUUAUUAAUGGAAAUAAUUGGUUGAAAUACACCGAAGGACGAAAAAUUAAGUGAUCGGAAUUGAUGGAGGUGAGAGUUUCUCAUUUGAAACCAACAAUUUUACAGUAUAAGUUGGAACUCGAAAAUGAGCCCUUUGAGUUGAAUACAAAAUGGACCAAACCGAAAAGAGGGCGAAAAUCCAUCGCCGACGAGGUACAAACCCUUAAAAAUAUUUACAGCCAUCCGUCACCCGUCACCAAGGCCCUGCUUAAUGACCUGAAGUCUCUGUGUGAUAGUGAGGCCAUCCCAAAAUAUUAUCACAGUUCUUAUAAUAAUUUAAAUUAUGCCGACAUCAUACCUGAGGAACAAGAGUAAGAUUUAAAUUAAAAUUGGGUUACCUACUUGUAACAUUUUUAAAAUUUGUUUUUAAAUAAGGUACGUUGGGGUAAGAUCGGUGAUGGGGCAAGACCGUAGGAUUCAAAUUCCCGGCGAAUUAUGCUAUAUUUUGAAAAGCUAACAAUAUGCUACACGACGCCAUUUCAUCCUGCCCCGACCCUCAGUUCGCGCCAGUCACUCCGGCAAGUGGGACCUGUGCUGCGUGGCAUUUUAUAAAACAAUGUAAUUUUUGUAUUAUUUUUGUCCAUCCGAUCUUUCCCUAUCACUUUUAUUUACGAUUUUUAGCGAGAAUAUGGCUUCUUUUGUUAUUAUUUUGUGUGGAUACUAAUUUUUAUGAAGUUAUAGCUAAAUAAAGCUGGUCCAUGCAAGGGUAAGAUCGCUGUAGGCCGAGAUCCGAUGUUUCCCCUCGUGAGUGAAGAUCGGAUGAAUAUUAUCCGAUCUUUGCCUGUUACAAAUAUGGCAGUGGUUGUUAAACUUUCAUUGGUCGUGUAUAUUUUUUCGUUGAUUACUCAAGUGACUAUGGGACUCAGUCUCGUUAGCAAGUCUGUAUAUUUAAAAGUAAUAAAACAAUACGAUGGUUUUAUUACUUUUAAGUACACAUUAAAAUACAUUUUUUUUAUAGGAUAAGGGUGACAAAGGAGCACACAGUCCACCUGAUGUUAAGUGAUUGCUGCGGCCCAUAGACAUCUAUAUCUAUCCUCUAUUACAAAUCAAAAUGUAAUUUAUAAUAAUUAUUUAAAAAAUAAUUUAUAAUAAUAAAUGCCGCUUUGUUAAAAUAUUUAUAUCUUCCUUAACUCCUGCAUUAUCCCAGGGCAUUUCGCCAGUCCUUACUGUUAUUUUUUUCCCAUAUAAAAUCAAAUUCAUCCGAUCUUUCUCUUAUAUUGAGUAAUUCCAUCUUAUGUCAUAACAAAGUUUGAGAAACAUAAAAUUACAAUUUCUUUAUAUCAGGGAUAAGAUCGGAUGGCAAGAAACAAAAAAAGAGAAAAUCGUUUGGAACAUUUAUGUUUCUAGUAAUUUAUAGAUCAUAUUGAAAUAUGUUUUUUAGCGUUAAAGAUAGGACAAAUCUCUUUUAUAAACUUUUUUCUCUAAGCAGUAGAAGUGGUUUUAAAUUUAAGUCCGGUCUUACCCCUUAAUGGCCAAUUUUUCAUUAUGCAUAUAAAAAAGUAUGUCUAGUUUUCGCACACCUUUAAAGCAGAAACCGUUGAGUUUACACAAACAAAAGAUUCUCAGAGCUAAACUACGUUUAACGAUUAACGGUUUGCUCCAUGUUCCAUAAAUCUCACGUAUACGAAUGUCGAGAAAUUAAAGUUUUUGGCAGACUCUUCCAACUAUUCGAAAAUCCGUCCGGUAUUACCCCAACGUACCUUAUGUAAUAAUUUUCGUUUGAAACUAUAAUAAUAAAUACUUACUGGAU